UCGUUUCGCUCCACUCACUCCACUGCUCCACUCCCUAUAAAAUCACCCGGUCACUCCACCACCCAUCCCUCCCACUCUCCACAACAUCCACCACCGCUCGGACUCGGGCUCGGAGUCGCCAAGAUCCACCAUUUUCAUUCGGCAGGAGGAGAGGCAUCAGUAGCUAGCAUCGAGCGACUGGAAAACCAUGGCGGAUGCCGGCAGCAGCAGCGCUUCGGCCGCGAGGAGUAGGGGCCCGUCGUCGUCGUCGACGACGACGACGUCCUCGCCGGCGGGGUGCCGCGGCGGGCGCGGGUGCGCGCCGGCGCUGGGGCGGCUGGUGCGGAAGCUGCGGCGUCAGAGCAGGCUGCUGUGCGCGGCGCGCCACGGCGCCGCGUCGUCGUCCGCGCGGUGCUGCCACCAGUACGACCCGCUCAGCUACUCGCGCAACUUCGACUUUGGCGCCGCGCUGGACGACGGCAACGAGGCCUGCUCCUUCGCCUCCCGCUUCGUGCUCGCCGGCGCCUCCGCCGCCGCGCGCCGGCCGCAGUAAUAGGUUUAGUAGAUCAGGAUCAGAUUUCCAGGUUCAGGAGCUAGCUAGGGCGGGGGCUGCAAUCUCUGGUGGCAGCCAUUGGCGGUAGCUGAAAGCAAGGCAAGUAGAGAGUUAGGCGCGGUGUUGUUGUAUAACUAUUAAUCUUGCAGCUGCUGAAUGUGUUUAUAAGGUGGUGAUGCUUGUAAAAAUUUCCCGCCGUCCCUUGACUCCUCUUCCUUCCUGUGGUUGGGUGAGUCCAGAGGAGGAAUCGGCCAAGAGGAAAUGCUUUAACUUUUAAGUAAUUUCGAAACAUUGCACGCUUAAUCCUGGUUCA